GUGGCCCUGGGCGGGGGACCCGAAGAGGUGGUGGGGGCUCCUCGCGUCUUUUCCCCCCCAGCCCGGCUCGGCCAGAUCUCUGGGAGCCCCACAACCCUCUGGCUCUUUGACUUCUGCCUGCCAGUGGGUCGCAGCAGGCUCGCUUCUCCGCACGUCGGCCCGGGGACCCCCGCGUACCAUCAGGCGGGAGCCACAGGGUGCCGUCGCCUCCUGGAUCCCUGCAGCCCACCCCUGACCUCCGGCUUCCCUAAGACGAGAUGCCUUCGGGCUUCCAACAGAUCGGCUCCGAAGAUGGAGAGCCCCCUCAGCAGCGAGUGAGUGCGACCCUGGUCCUUGCAGUGUUCUCAGCUGUGCUUGGCUCCCUGCAGUUUGGCUACAACAUUGGGGUGAUCAACGCCCCACAGAAGGUGAUUGAACAGAGCUACAAUGAGACCUGGCUGGGGAGGCAGGGGCCCGGGGGCCCCAGUUCCAUCCCGCAGGGCACCCUCACCACACUCUGGGCUCUCUCUGUGGCCAUCUUCUCCGUGGGCGGCAUGAUUUCCUCCUUCCUCAUCGGCACCAUCUCCCAGUGGCUGGGAAGGAAGAGGGCAAUGCUGGUCAACAACAUCCUGGCCAUGCUGGGGGGCUCCCUGAUGGGCUUAGCCAAGGCCGCGGCUUCCUAUGAGAUGCUCAUUCUUGGCCGGUUCCUCAUCGGCGCCUAUUCAGGGCUAACAUCAGGACUUGUGCCCAUGUAUGUGGGAGAGAUCGCCCCUACCCACCUGCGAGGUGCCCUGGGCACGCUCAACCAACUGGCCAUCGUCAUUGGCAUUCUGAUCGCCCAGGUGCUGGGCUUGGAGGCCAUGCUGGGCACCGCCACGCUGUGGCCCCUGCUUCUGGGCAUCACAGUGCUGCCUGCACUCCUGCAGCUCAUCCUGCUGCCCUUCUGCCCCGAGAGCCCCCGCUAUCUCUACAUCAUCCGGAACCUGGAAGGGCCUGCCCGAAAGAGUCUGAAGCGCCUCACAGGCUGGGCAGAUGUGUCAGGAGCCCUGGCAGAGCUGAAGGAGGAGAAACGCAAGCUGGAGCGCGAGAGGCCCCUGUCCCUGCUGCAGCUAUUGGGCAGCCGUAGCCACCGGCAGCCACUGAUCAUAGCCGUAGUGCUGCAGCUGAGCCAGCAGCUCUCGGGCAUCAAUGCCAUUUUCUAUUAUUCGACCAGCAUCUUUGAGACAGCAGGGGUAGGGCAGCCGGCCUAUGCCACCAUAGGAGCUGGAGUGGUCAACACGGUCUUCACCUUGGUCUCGGUAUUCUUGGUGGAACGUGCUGGGCGCAGGACACUCCACCUCCUGGGCCUGGCAGGCAUGUGUGGCUGUACCAUUUUGAUGACAGUGGCUCUACUUCUCCUGGAGCGGGUUCCAGCCAUGAGCUACGUGUCCAUCGUGGCCAUCUUCGGCUUCGUGGCAUUCUUUGAGAUUGGCCCAGGCCCCAUUCCCUGGUUCAUCGUGGCCGAACUCUUCAGCCAGGGGCCCCGCCCAGCAGCCGUGACCGUGGCUAGCUUUUCCAACUGGACGUGUAACUUCCUCAUCGGCAUGGGGUUCCAGUAUGUGGCGGAUGCCAUGGGCCCCUACGUAUUCCUCCUCUUCGCCGUCCUCCUGCUCGGCUUCUUCAUCUUCACCUUCCUCAGAGUGCCCGAGACCCGGGGCCGGACAUUUGACCAGAUCUCUGCUGCCUUCCGCCGGACGCCCUCCCUUUUGGAGCAGGAGGUGAAGCCCAGCACGGAACUGGAAUACUUGGGGCCAGAUGAGAACGACUGAAGAGCGGCCGGCGUGGGGGUGGGGACAGCCCACUUCCCCCACCCCAGCCCCUCCUUUCCUCUGCAGCACUUUAAACCCCCCUCUUCCCAUCACUGCCGAGGUGGACAGGACUUCCCUGUAGCUCGGUGGAUCUGGGAAGCUGGAGGGAAGGGGGCUCGACACCCCCGCAUUCCCCUCGUGUGACUUGGGUUGUUUAUGUGUGGUGGUGACACUGCGCCCAUCCACCUGGCCCGCUCUCCCGCCUUCCUCCCUGGCCCCUGCCCUUCCAGACUUUGAUCUAGAACCCCCUUGCCUCCUGCCGGAGCAGGGCUUGGAGGGAGAGGACACUGAGGC